AUGUCUCAAGUCUUCGGCUUUUCCGGUGAUAACUUUUGCCAUGGGGGUUCUAUAUACACAAACCCCAAGGAAGCAAGCUUCUUCCUGUCUCUUGGCCCUCAGGUUGAUGUCUACUAUCCUCCUCAGAAGAGAUCGCGUGUCAGCGUUCCAUUUGUUUUCGAUGGAGAAUGGUUUGAGCAGAAGCAGAAAACAACAAUUGAUUCCUUGCCAGAUGAGUGUCUCUUUGAGAUAUUUAGAAGGUUGCCUGUGGGUGAAGAAAGGAGUGCUUGCGCUUGUGUUUCCAAACGCUGGCUUAUGCUUCUAAGCAGUAUUUGCAAGAACGAAAUCUGUAGCAACAAGAAUACCUCAGAUGGCGAGAAUAAAAUGGAAGGUGACAGCCGGGAGUUUGGAGGCGAGGGAUAUCUUUCCCGGAGCUUGGAAGGGAAGAAGGCAACAGAUGUUAGACUUGCCGCCAUCGCAGUUGGAACCGCAUCACGGGGAGGAUUGGGAAAGCUUUCUAUCCGUGGAAACAACUCAAAUCGCGGGGUGACUGCUCUAGGUCUCAAAGCAGUUGCUAGCGGGUGCCCUUCUCUAAAGGUUCUUUCUCUAUGGAAUGUUUCCUCUGUUGGUGAUGAAGGUCUAAUUGAGAUUGCUAAUGGAUGUCAACAGCUAGAGAAGCUUGACCUUUGCAGAUGCCCUUCAAUUUCUGACAAGGCUUUGAUCGCAGUUGCAAGAAACUGUCCAAAUCUUACUGAGUUAUCAUUAGAGUCUUGUCCUAACAUUCACAAUGAAGGUCUACAAGCCAUUGGAAAGUUCUGCUCUAAUCUGAAGUCUAUAUCUAUCAAGGAUUGUGCCGGUGUUGGUGAUCAGGGAAUCGCUGGCCUCUUUUCUUCAACUUCUUUGCUUUUGACAAAGGUGAAGCUCCAGGCAUUGACUGUUUCUGAUCUCUCUCUAGCUGUUAUUGGACAUUAUGGAAAAGCAGUUACGGAUCUUGUCCUUAAUUUCCUCCCAAAUGUUAGUGAGAGGGGCUUUUGGGUUAUGGGAAAUGCUAAUGGAUUGCAUAAACUAAAGUCACUCACAAUUGCAUCCUGCAGAGGAGUAACCGAUGUUGGGCUUGAAGCAGUUGGAAAGGGCUGCCCUAAUCUGAAAAGUGUACACCUUCAAAAGUGUGCAUUUCUCUCAGACAAUGGGUUGAUUUCAUUCACCAAGGCUGCUAUUUCACUUGAAAGCCUAAAAUUGGAAGAGUGCCACAGAAUUACCCAAUUUGGGUUUUUCGGUGUCCUUUUUAACUGUGGUGCAAAAUUGAAGGCUCUUUCUCUUGUAAGCUGCUAUGGAAUUAAAGAUCUGGACUUGGAAUUGUCACCCUCAUCUCCUUGUGAAUCACUUCGUUCAUUAACAAUCUGUAACUGCCCUGGAUUUGGAAAUGCUACCCUAUCCGUACUCGGGAAGUUGUGCCCUCAGCUUCAACAGGUUGAAUUGACUGGACUUAAGGGAGUGACAGAUGCUGGUUUGCUUCCACUGCUUGAGAGUUCAGAGGCUGGUCUGGUUAAAGUCAAUCUUAGUGGUUGCGUAAAUCUUACAGACAAAGUAGUUUCAUCCCUGGUCAAUCUGCAUGGUUGGACUCUCGAGGUUCUAAACCUUGAAGGUUGUAAAAACAUUAGCAAUGCUAGUUUGAUAGCAAUGGCCGAGCAUUGCCAAUUGCUUUGUGAUCUUGAUGUUUCCAUGUGUGCGAUCUCUGAUGCUGGGAUAGCAGCCCUGGCACAUGCAAAACAGAUAAAUCUACAGAUUCUUUCUCUGUCAGGCUGCACUUUGGUUACAGACAGGAGUUUGCCCGCAUUGAGAAAAUUGGGCCACACCCUUUUGGGACUAAACGUCCAGCAUUGCAAUUCAAUCAGCAGCAGUGCAGUUGAAAUGCUUGUUGAACUUCUUUGGAGGUGUGACAUCCUCUCCUGA